CGGCCAACUAUAAUCAUUGAUUCUGUACCGAAGUGCGACACUACUUAUACCUUCACUUUGUCUGCGGAGUCCUUCAAGCAUGAUCCUCCCCUGGGUUCUCCUCAUCUCGUUAUUGGGUGCAACAGCAGCACCACCUCGACCACUUUUCAGUCAGCGAGAUGGGAAGAUAAGCGUCAAAUUUCCUAAUAUACCCGGAGUGGAUGCUGUACAUUUCACAUAUGCGAUCAAGCAGGGAAAUCAACAUGAAAUCUUAUCAACAAAAAGUGUGAUUGUUCACAGAAUCGGUGGGUAUUACCAGUGUGAGUUCACAGCACCAGGGGACGGCGUGGAAUAUUCUGUGAAGUAUAUGUCCAACGCGGGAGAUGUACUGUACCAGACUGAAGCCACUGAGCAUGUGAGGAUUGCAGGCGAGACUUCCCUCAGUCCCCGAUUGUACAGGAGAGGUACCACUGUCUUACAUGAUGAAUUCAACUCCAACCAUCUGGACACGAACAAUUGGCACCAAGAGAUUACCUGUUGGGGUGGUGGGAACGGAGAGUUUCAGAUGUACACCCCCGAAGCAGCCAACACGUUCAUCAGGAAUGGCGUUCUCUACCUUAAACCGACCUAUACAGCAGACAAAUUUGGAGAAAACUUUCUUCGACAUGGAACAAUGGACGUCCGCAAACAAUGGGCAGUGUGCACCUCGGACAACGAAGGGGGGUGCUACCGGCAGGGCUCCCAGAACAAUAUCCCCCCAAUCAUGUCUUCCAAAAUGACUUCCAAGGCAUCGAUCACACACGGGAAGGUAGAGGUGGUUGCCCAGCUGCCAAAGGGAGACUGGCUUUGGCCAGCAAUAUGGAUGUUGCCUCCUGGGUGGCCAUGGAAAUAUGGCGGAUGGCCAGCUUCCGGUGAAAUUGAUAUCAUGGAAGCAAGGGGUAACUUGGAUCUGAAGGACCACAGUGGUUAUGACCAGGGCAUCAAUGUUGUGUACUCUACAAUCCAUUGGGGACCUGAUACUGGGAGGCAUCGUCAGCAAGGGCAUUGGAGAACUAGCGCCGCUGGGACGAACUGGGCUGCUGGCUUUCAUACAUACACUCUUGAUUGGACGGCUGACCAUAUCAGAAUGGACGUAGACAACCAGCCAGUGUUGGCCUGGUCUACGCCUUCCCAGGGCUACUGGUCCUACAGCAACUAUGGCGGAAACAACCUCUGGGGCAGUGGAGGUAGAGACGCACCUUUUGAUGGAAAGAUGUCCCUGAUCUUGAAUGUGGCUGUAGGUUCCAGUCGCGGAUGGUUCCAGGAUUCUUGGAUUAAUACUGCUCAUGGUAAACCAUGGAGAGACGGCUCCCCCACGGCCAUGAUGGACUUCUGGAACCACAAAGGCCAGUGGCAACCAACAUGGCAUGGAGAUGACGUCGCAAUGAAAAUCAAGUCCGUAAAGUUGAUACAGUACUAGUUGUUCUCGUGAUUGUACAUUCAAAUAAAAUUUUAAAAAUGCCCCA